UUGGGCGACUACAAAAAGGAUGAAUACAUGUAUAUUCCUCGGCAUACAAGUCUAACUGAAGUUUGGUAGGUUUCUUAAUAUUUAAAAAUAUGGGAUAUUCUUUUUCGUACGUCACCAAAAAUCUUAGACCUGAGCAGUUGCAUGUGAUAUUGAAUGGGAGUGUUACAGUUAAUAAUCAGCCAGAGACAGUUUGCAACACAGCAAAUAGUUUAAAACACACGAACACUAAGCAUGACACCACUCCACAUACGGCUGAUCACUCUGUUGAUCUAGAUGAGUCUACAGAUCAGAAACCUUUGGAUAAGAUACGGACCCCAACUGACACCAAAAACCAUAACGACAUGACUAAUCCCAGCUGUUCAUUCAGUAAUGUACUAAAAUGUGAGUCGUGUAACAACACAUGUGCAACUAAACCUAUACACUUGAAAAUUUGUCCUCCUAAAGAUAUUCCACAAGUAGACUUGAAUGAACGUAAGUUCAUCUCACAAAGACAACGAAAGAAUCCUGCUCUGAAAAUAAAGGGUGGGAAGACAAAACUCAUGAUACCGAAUAGGGAAACACGUAAGAUUGAACCCAACUGCUCUAUAGGUAUCCCAAGAACAGUGAACAGGUUCUCCCCGCUGCUAUCGUAUAACUUGCCUUCAACACCUCCAAGUUGCAAAAAGGGUGGUGGGCUUCAACGUAGCAAGCCUUCUUACACGCAGACUAACGAAAACUACCAGAGAACUGGCCACCCAAAUCCCCCUCUGAAGCCUAAAACCAUAAAUAAGAAUGGUAAUAAUAGGUUUCUCACUCCACACCCUACCUACAUUCCCCAGGAUCGCAACUGUAAUUACUCUCAAAAAGAAAACUUCUCAUACCCUUUAGUACCGACCCAUCACAUAACAACGGCUCCCAUGUAUAACAACAGUCGCAACUCCUCCCAGUUACGCGUAGCAGACCCCUCUCGCGCUAACGUAAAAAGCCAUAACAGGGGCUACGAGUCUAACCAUCAAGACUAUUUUGUAAAUAACCAUACACUUCACAGUAGGCCUGUACAAGAUUUUUUUGGAAUAAGACCCCUAGUGACACCUCUGUUGAAGCAUAUAGCCCAGGUUAUUUCAAACCACAUGCAAACCAUAAAUUUGUUUCCUCCGUACAGUUUCCACCAGAGAGUACUCCCACCCUUUCCUCCUGGGUAAACUCCCCAAUCAACUUCACUAGCUCAUUUGAUACAUCUCCCAAUAAGUCUAGCUAUCAAAAUACCGAGCUAAUGAAGAACAUCCAAUCCCUCACAUCAAACUCAUCUCAUACACGCGAGGGUUACGACGACUUUAUCCGAGAUACCCUCACCCAUUUUAA